AUGGCGACAGCGGCUCUCACGUCCGCCUCCGCCAAGUUCGCGACGUUCGACGGGCUGCGCGCCGCCCGCUCUGACCGAUCCACCGUCGUCGCGUCCGCCGCUCCGACGGCAGGCGCGUCGCCAUCCCUGGGCCGUGUUCAAGCCACCGCCACUCGCUUGCGUGAAUGCGUGCCUGCAUCCCUCGUCCGCAUGUCACGUGUGCAUGGCUGCCGUCCACAGCCCGUGCAGGCGCCGGCAGCAGGAGCGGCGAAGAGGAGCAAGGUGGAGAUAUACAAGGAGGAGAGCGACUACCUGCGCUACCCGCUCAUCGACGACCUCAAGAACGACCUCCCCAACGUCAGCGCCGCCUCCGAGCAGGUGCGUCAGCGCCGCCUCCGAGCAGGUGCGUCAGCGCUGCCUCGCAUCAGGCGCGCCUCCCGAUCGUCCGCACCCUGCCUGCCGUUCCUCGUGCGCAUCCGUGCGCUCUCCGUACUUCCCACAGCACUCCCGCCACUGAUCAAGUUCCACGGCAGCUACAUGCAGGACGACCGCGAGGCGCGGCAGGGGGGCGGCGGGCGCGCGUACCAGUUCAUGAUGCGGACGCGGCAGCCGGGCGGCAAGGUGCACAACCGCCUCUACCUCGCCAUGGACGGACCUCGCCGACCAGUUCGGCUCCGGCACGCUCCGCCUCACCACGCGCCAGACCUUCCAGGUGCGCUCCGCCUCACUACGCGCCAGACCUUCGAGCUGCACGGAGUGCUGAAGGCGAAUCUGAAGGAGGUGUUCGCGACGGUGAUCAAGAGCAUGGGGUCCACGCUGGGCGCGUGCGGCGACCUCAACCGCAACGUGCUGGCGCCCGAGGUGCCGUUCGUCGACCGCCCCGCGUACCGCUACUGCCAGGAGUACGCCGAUAAGAUCGCCGCGCUGCUCGAACCGCAGUCCGGCGCCUACUACGACGUGUGGCUGGACGGCGAGAAGGUGCUGACGGCGGAGGCGCCGGCGGACGUGGAGGAGGCGCGCGCGGACAACCGGUUCGGGACGAACAUAGAGGGCAGCGCGGAGCCGAUCUACGGCACGCAGUACCUGCCGCGCAAGUUCAAGGUCGCCAUCACGGUGCCGGGCGACAACUCCGUGGACCUGCUCACCAACGACCUCGGGCUCGUCGUGCUCUGCGACGACGCCACGGGGCAGCUACAGGGCUUUAACAUCUAUGUGAGCACUGUGCUGCGCGCGCCUCAGGGCGGUCGUGUGGGAGUGUUGAACAGCUGUGCUGGCAGGGGCGCUGCCGGCAUUGGAGCUCACUCAUGGAAUGGAAUGGGGCCCCGGUGGGCGGCGGCAUGGGGAGGUCGCACCGCAACGAGCAGACGGAGCCGCGGCUGGCCGGAGCCACUGGGGUACGUGGCGGCGGAGGACGUGCUGUACGCCGUCAAGGCCAUCGUCGCCACUCAGCGCGACUACGGCCGCCGCGACGACCGCAAACAGGCGCGGCUCAAGUACCUGAUCCGCGACUGGGGCAUCGACCGCUUCCGCACGGUGACGGAGCAGUACUUUGGCAAGCAGUUUCCAGCCCUCUGUGCCCGUCUUGCAGUGCUGACACCCUCCCCUGCCCCUCCCCACCCCCCAUCUGUCCUCUCGCUUGCACAUUAUCGUGUGGGCGACGGGCGGCUGUACUACGGGCUGCACAUCGAGAAUGGGCGCAUCAAGGGCGAGGCCAAGAAGGCGCUGCGGGCAGUGAUUGAAAAGUACAACCUGCCCGUGCGCAUCUCGGCGAAUCAGAACCUGAUGCUGUGCGACGUGCGCAAGGCGUGGCGCCCGCGCAUCACCCAGGAGCUCGCCGCUGUCGGCAUCCUCGGCAAGCAGUACGUGGAUCCGCUGAACCUGACGGCCAUGGCGUGCCCUGCCCUGCCGCUGUGCGGGCUGGCCAUCACAGAGGCGGAGAGGGGGCUGCCCUCCGUGCUCAAGCGCAUCCGCGCCAUGCUCGACAAGGUGGGGGAGGGGGAUGCUGCUGUGGGGCUGAGGCAGCAGCAGGCGCAUUCACUGGUGGUGCGCAUGACGGGCUGUCCCAACGGCUGCGCACGGCCCUAUGUGGCGGAGCUGGGCUUCGUGGGGGAUGGCGCCAACUCCUACCAGCUGUGGCUGGGCGGCACGCCGAACCAGACGGUGCUGGCGAGGGUGUUUCUGGAGAGGGUGAAGGUGGGCGAGCUGGAGGCGGUGUUGGAGCCGCUCUUUGCCAUGUGGAAGGCCCACGGCCACAAGGCCGAGUCCUUUGGGGACUUCACCAACCGCGUUGUGAGUGCUGCGGCGGGGGGCUUUGAGGCGAUGAAGGAGUACAUGGGCACGUACACGGCGCCAAUAGGGAGGCAGAGGGGCAUGGCUCGGCGCAUCACAGUGGAUGAUGAGCUGGCGGGCAAGCUGCAGGAGGUGGCUACGCAGCGCGGCACCACGGUGGCCAAGGUCACACCCAGCGGCACCAUGGAGAAGCGGCGGCCGGUGAGGUGCAGCCAUGCCUUGCGGGUGUGCACGAUCAUGUGGUGCUGCCGACACUCCAGGCAGCAGAACGCCCUUGUCGCCCCUGCACACACACAUGCCAUCAUGAAGGCUGUCGCCAUCAACCGCCUCUACGCGUGGUCGCCGCCUCACAGCGACCCACCCUUGACUCGGCAUGCUGCCCGACCACUCGCCUGCCCUCCCAUCAUCAUCCCGCUCCCCGUGUGCUGUGGCUCCUCCUCCCAAGAGGGCGAAACUUGGGCGAGCGUCGCUCACGGCCACAUGCUGCCGAAUCCCGAAUGGGGGAUGGGGGGGGAGGGACCACUGGCUUGGCCAGCCUCUCACUCGCCGCUGUCUCCUCGCCCCGCAUCCAAGGACUUCCCUUUUUCCGUCCCUCUCGUCCGCCCGUCCGCUCGCGUCAACCCUCAUCCCCGUCGCCCCUGUCAUCCGCGUAUUCCCAGCGUUCGCCACGAUGAGCGGCAGAGCGGCGGCGGCGGCGGGCGGCCACAGGUGGACAAGGCGGCGGAUUUCGCGAAUUACUUUUGCACGUACGCGUAUCUGUACCACCAGAAGGACAUGCUGUCGGACCGCGUGCGGAUGAACGCGUAUCGCGACGCGGUCAUGAAGAAUAAAGCGCAUUUCGUCGAUAAGCAACUCUCACCCUCCUCCCCACCCCCUCCUUCCUUCCUUGCGCCACACCCGCCAACCCCACGUGCCUUGCCGCCCCACCUCCUCCCCGUGCUCGCCGUGCCCACGCUCCCCGUGCUCGCCUGCCCACGCUCCCCGCGCAACGCAGCAACCACUAUCCCCGGAACCCUCAAACCCUGUCACCUCUGCGCUCCCCACCCCCUUCGCCCCCACAAGCUCUUUCGUGCUGCAUCUCGCCCCAUCCGACACCUCCUCUCCCUCCCCAACCCCUCCCCCCCCACAACCGUUCUCCCGCGCGCCCCGCAGGUGGUGCUGGACGUGGCACGGGCCACGCGGCAUUCUCGCCAUCUGGGCGGCGCAGGCGGGCGCGCGGCGGCGUGUACGCCGGUGGAGGCGACGGACAUGGCGCAGCACGCGGAGACGCUGGCGCGCGCCAAUGGCGUGGCGGAGCGCGUGACGGUGCUGCAGGGAGCAUGGAGGAUGUUCAGCUGCCCGAGAAAGGGCGUGGGGGCGGCGGGAUUGCUGUUCCCGAGCCAUGCGCGCAUGUGGGUGGCGCCGGUGCAUUCGAGCCUGUGGGAGGGGCGCAUGGGCGAGUUCCGCAGCAGCAUGGGCGACUGGCGCAGCUUCGUGCGGGGCACACGGGAGGACUACGGCGUGGACAUGGCGGUGCUGGAUCAGACCUAUGAGGCCGAGCAGCAGAAAUACUUCCUUCAAGUAAUAAUCUCCCCACCUCCCUCGCCCUGUUCCCUUUCUCCCAGUCCCCUUCUCGCGUUCUCUUUCCCCCACUCCUCUCUCCCCGUUCCUUUUUCCCCAGUCCCUCUCGCCCAUUCCCUUUUAGAUGCUCCCUCUCGCCCGCUCUCUUUUGCCCACUCCCUCGCUCUCACUCCCACUCUGACACCCCUCCGGCUCCUUCUCAACAGCUCCCUCGCCCCGCGCCUUGUAUCCCAUCUGUUACCUGCCGUUCCUUGCUCCACUCACGCCCUCCCUCACCCCGUGCCCCCCGCCCCCUGCCAGACAGGGUGUUGGGAAUCGCUGUACCCCUCACAGGUGUUGGGGCGGCCGGUGAUGAUCCGCGAGAUAGACUGUGCCACGGCCACCGUGGCCGAUGUGGAGGAGGUCAAAGCGCACUUCACCACUCGUGCCUUCGCUGCUGAUAAAGCCGUCAACGCCAUCGGAGGGUGGUUCGACGUCCUCUUUAAGGGGUCAGCCACGGACCCCACGGAGCACGAGGUGCAGCUGACGACAGCGCCCAGUGUGGACGAGGGCACGCACUGGGGGCAGCAGGUCUUCCUGCUCGCACACCCGCUGCACGUGCGCGAGGGUGAUGAGGUAUCGGGCGCCAUGCACAUCCGGCGCUCCAAGAAGAACCACCGCCUCAUGGAUGUUGAUCUGCAGCUGCAGUGCCAACACACCGACGGCUCCCGCUCCCCCAACACCAUCGCCGCUUACUUUAUCGAGUAG